AACUUACCAAGUACAGCCAGAGCAGAAUUAUUGCAAUCAGUCUUAAAGUCCAAGGUCACCUUACCCCGCCAUGAUAACGAUAAUGGCGAAUGGAAGUCACACUUGAAUAACCAAAAUCAACAAGAGAUUUUCUUAGCUUUAGUCGGUGAUAUAUCCAACGAGUUAGAUCUAGAUCGACUAUGUAGGAAAAUAUCAUUCAAUGUUUGGAUGCUAACCAAAGUUGAGCGUUGCUUACUCUAUUUAAUCGAAGGUACAGACAAGUCGAAAGAAUUAACUUGUAAAUCUCUUUACAUCGACCGACAAAAUUUAACUGCCACUAGUCUAGUAGCAUCCAGUCCUGAUCUGCAAUUAGAUAGACCCUGGUCUCAAGGUAUCGUUGGUUUAGUAAGCCAAAUCGGAGAGGUAGUUAAAAUUGAUGAUGCCACAAAGGAUUCUCGAUGUCGAAAGGAAGAAAUGUAUUUGAUCGGUUGCAAGAUUGAUAAUUUACUAUGUAUGCCGAUUAAGGAUAGCCAAGGCAAUGUGAUUGGAGUUGUACAGGCUAUCAAUAAGAAAUCAGAUGGCGUCGGAUUUAGUGAUGAAGAUGUCAAGGUUAUGGAAACGUAUUUAACAUUUUGUGGAAUCAGUAUCACUAACGCGAAAUUAUGGCGGAUGAUUAAGAAAGAAUCGGAACGUAAUAAAACAUUACUGGAAUUGACUCAUGCGCUAUUUGAAGAGCAAACUUCACCAGAUAGAUGUAUUGAUAGUAUUAUGGAGCGCUCUCAGAUGCUAUUGAAGUGUCAAAAAUGCUGUGUUCUACUUGUGGACAAUAUUGCAACCGAAGAUCUACGAUUCAGCAAAGUUUUUGAAUUACGUGGGGAUACCGGUGAAAAGCAACUUUACUACUAUUGGACUUCCAUUAAUGAAAUAAUAAUGAAAUCAUUCACAAUAAAUCCUACAUUCGCUAAUACCGUAGUUAUCGCCAGUUGUCAUUGCUAUCCGGAUUUUGAAGUAUAUUCCCUCUUAGCUAUGCCCAUUCGUGAUAAUAAUUUGCGAAUAAUAGGUGUAGCUGCAUUAAUUAACAAAAUGGAUGGAAAGAACUUUGAUAAAGACGAUGAAACCGCUUUUGAGGCUUUUGUGAUAUUCUGUGGUCUUGGAAUAGUUAAUACAAUGAUGUACGAUAGUGUAUGCAAAGCUAAAGCACAACAAAGCGUAGCCUUAGAGGUGUGUUCGUAUCAUGCAACAGCUCCUAAAGACGAGGUUCAAAGAUUUCAGGAUCAGGAUGUACCGUCAGUUGCAAAUUAUAAUUUACAAAGCCUUAAGUUCGAUGAUUUCUCCCUUGAUCCAGACGGAAUGAUUUUAGCAUCUAUUCGAAUGUUUAAAGAAUGUGAAUUCUUACAAAAGUUCAAAAUCGAUUAUUCGACAUUAUGUACUUGGCUAUUAACUGUUCGAAAGAACUACCGUAAUGUUGCUUAUCAUAAUUGGAGACACGCAUUUAAUGUUGCCCAACUUAUGUUUGCAAUAAUUAAGAACACGAAGCUAGGGAAUACAUUUUCUCAUAUUGAGUGCUUAGCCCUCAUUGUUGGUUGCAUAUGCCAUGAUUUAGAUCAUAGAGGAACUAACAAUGCUUACCAAAUUAAGAGUGGAUCACCUCUUGCAAGAUUAUACAGUACAUCAACAAUGGAAAAUCAUCACUUCAACCAUGCCGUUAUGAUACUGAAUACACCGGGUCAUAAUAUAUUUGAAACAUUUACAUCGGAAGAAUACAGUAGGCUGAUAGAUCUAAUAAAACAGUCAAUUUUGGCUACUGAUUUGGCGUUAUAUUUUCGAAAUCGUGAAAAUUUUUUUAACCUUGCAAGCAAUCACGAAAUUAAUUUUGAUGAUGAUUUACAUAAAGCACUGAUAAGAUCUAUGUUGAUGACUGCUUGCGAUGUUGGCGCUAUUACAAAACCAUGGACGGUUGAAAGAAAAGUUGCAGAAUUAAUCUCUGCCGAAUUUUUUGAACAAGGCGAUUUGGAAAGGCAGGAACUCAAUUUGGAACCCCAAAGAUUAAUGGAUCGUGAAAAGAAAGAUGAAAUAGCUUCAAUGCAAGUUGAAUUCAUAGAUGUGAUAUGCAUGCCUCUUUAUAAGGCUUUCGCUGAGCAGGACACGCGAUUGAAGUCACUUUUAGAUGGCGUAGUAGAGAAUCGUGCAAACUGGUUAAAAGAAGAUGAAAUGAUGCGUAAAAGAAAGCAG